GAAUAAUGAGGUAAUUUCUGAGGUUGCAUCCACGUAGACUCAAUCGUGGGUGGGGGUGCAAAGUGAAAAUUCAUCGAUAAACCCUUCUUCUACGUUCUUCCUAAACCCGAGCAGCAGCAGCAGCAGAUAAACAUGGCGUGGACUACAACAUCUCCUUCUUUCAAUCUCCUCCCUUCUCUUUUCUUCCCUUUCCAUAAACCCUCUCUUCCACCAUCCUUCUUCUCUAAUAACCCUUCAACCCCUCUUCGCCUCUCCCCCACCCUCACACUACCCUCCUCCUCCUUCCCAACCCACAUUUGCACCGCCGCUGAAUACAAAUUCCCCGACCCAAUUCCCGAAUUCGCCGUCGCCGAGACCGAGAAGUUCAGGGCUCAUCUCCUACAAAAGCUCUCUAAGAGAGAUAUUUACGGGGAUUCACUUCAACAGGUCGUCGGAAUAUGCACUGAGAUAUUCAAUACCUUUAUGCAUACCGAGUAUGGCGGACCUGGAACUUUGUUAGUUUUACCUUUUAUUGAUAUGUCUGAUGCUAUCAACGAACGAGGAUUACCUGGAGGCCCUCAAGCUGCUCGUGCUGCUGUUAAAUGGGCUCAAGAUCAUGUUGAUAAAGACUGGAAUCAGUGGACUGGUGAUGAUGCCACCUAACGCAGUCCCUACCUGCACUAGAAAUUCAUUUUGUUCAUCUGAUUUACCAUAACGUUUGUCCAAAUAAGGGUGAGUUUGUUCUUGAAUGAACUAACCGAGAUGUAGGGAUGAUAGGGAUAUAAGGAUAGAACUUAGAUAAAAAGCAAACAGAAACUCUUUCAUUGUAACCAUAAACUUUAGUGUAUUGUCUGCAUUAGCAAUCUAUAUUGUUUUAGCUGUACUUUCAAUAUGUUAAUUUUGAAUUAUGGA